GAAGUCCUCUUUCAGUUCCUAUUUGGAAGUUAGAAGUCAUAGAUCGAGUGCCAAAAAAUAACCAUGGCUGAUGAUCAGGGUCGAGGACGCAGGCGUCCACUUAACGAAGAAGAACCCUCCAAUUCCCGAGGAAGUGAUGAUGGGCCGAGGGUGAAAGUAUUCAGAGGCUCUUCAUCGGAUGGUUUGAGAGCAGACCCUCGAUUAGAAUCUUCAAGAGAGAGGGGAUCCCUCGAGGAAGCCUCCAGGCGUGGAAGUGGCCAACAAGAGCGAAAGCCGCGGGGCGAUCAAUAUGAUUACCUGAAUACCCGUCCGGCUGAGUUGGUAUCCAAAAAGGGAACUGAUGGCGUCCCGGUUAUGCUGCAGACAAACUUUUUCCGACUAAAAACUAAGCCGGAAUGGCGGAUCGUUCAUUAUCAUGUGGAGUUUGAGCCGAGCAUUGAGAAUCCUCGUGUCCGUAUGGGAGUUUUGUCCAAUCAUGCUAACCUUCUGGGAUCCGGCUAUCUUUUCGACGGGCUGCAACUGUUCACCACCCGAAAGUUUGAGCAGGCAAUCACGGUGCUAAGCGGAAAGUCGAAGAUGGACAUUGAAUACAAAAUAUCCAUAAAGUUCGUGGGAUUCAUAUCGUGUGCUGAGCCCCGCUUUUUGCAAGUUUUGAAUCUCAUUUUGCGGCGCUCCAUGAAGGGCUUAAAGCUGGAAUUAGUUGGUCGUAAUCUAUUUGAUCCCCGAGCUAAGAUCGAAAUAAGGGAGUUCAAAAUGGAGCUUUGGCCAGGCUAUGAGACAUCGAUUCGCCAGCAUGAAAAAGACAUUCUGUUGGGCACUGAAAUAACUCACAAAGUUAUGCGCACCGAAACGGUCUACGACAUAAUGCGACGUUGUUCGCAAAAUCCGGCUCGUCAUCAGGACGAAGUUCGAGUAAAUGUUUUGGAUUUGAUUGUCCUUACAGAUUACAAUAACAAAACUUAUCGUAUCAACGAUGUCGACUUUGGACAAACUCCGAAAUCAACAUUCAGUUGCAAGGGUAGGGAUAUUAGUUUUGUGGAAUACUAUCUCACUAAAUAUAACAUACGCAUUCGUGACCAUAAUCAGCCGUUGUUGAUAUCUAAAAACAGAGACAAGGCUCUAAAAACUAAUGCCAGCGAAUUGGUGGUACUAAUUCCUGAGCUUUGCCGAGUGACUGGACUCAAUGACGACAUGCGCUCAAACUUUCAGCUUAUGCGUGCCAUGAGUAGUUACACGCGAAUGAAUCCCAAACAACGCAUUGAUCGAUUGCGCACUUUCAACCACCGCUUGCAAAACACUCCAGAAAGUGUGAAAGUUUUGAGAGACUGGAACAUGGAUCUCGACAAGAACGCUACAGAAGUACAAGGUCGCAUAAUUGGACAGCAAAACAUCGUGUUUCAGCAUGGAAAGGUUCCUGCUGGAGAAAACGCUGAUUGGCAAAGGCAUUUCAGAGACCAGCGGAUGCUCACCACUCCGAGCGAUGGCCUCGAUCGGUGGGCUGUUAUCGCGCCGCAAAGAAAUUCACAUGAGCUAAGAACUUUACUUGACUGUUUGUAUAGAGCCGCUAGUGGAAUGGGUCUACGAAUUAGAAGCCCCCAGGAAUUCAUAAUUUAUGACGAUCGCACAGCAACUUAUGUGAGAGCUAUGGAUGAUUGUGCCCGCUCGGAUCCCAAACUUAUAUUAUGCCUUGUACCCAAUGACAACGCCGAAAGAUACUCGUCAAUCAAAAAGAGAGGCUACGUUGACAGGGCUGUGCCCACUCAAGUUGUGACCAUUAAAACGACUAAGAAUCGUAGCCUUAUGAGCAUUGCCACCAAAAUAGGAAUUCAACUGAAUUGCAAGCUGGGAUAUACACCCUGGAUGAUCGAACUGCCCUUGUCAGGACUAAUGACGAUCGGCUUUGACAUUGCGAAGAGUACACGUGAUCGUAAGAGGGCAUACGGAGCAUUGAUCGCCUCCAUGGAUCUACAGCAAAACUCCACGUACUUCAGCACGGUUACGGAGUGUAGUGCUUUUGAUGUGCUCGCUAACACCCUUUGGCCCAUGAUAGCAAAGGCCCUGCGUCAAUAUCAACGAGAGCAUAAGAAGCUGCCAUCACGAAUUGUAUUCUAUCGAGACGGCGUAAGCUCUGGUUCACUAAAGCAGCUUUUUGAAUUUGAAGUGAAGGACAUCAUAGAGAAACUUAAAGCUGAAUACGCCCGCGUAGAUCUAAGCCCACCGCAAUUAGCCUAUAUUGUGGUUACUAGAUCCAUGAACUCGCGCUUCUUCCUCAACGGACAGAACCCUCCGCCUGGCACUAUAGUUGAUGACGUUAUAACUUUGCCCGAACGAUAUGACUUUUAUCUGGUCUCCCAACAAGUUCGCCAGGGAACAGUGUCGCCGACUAGCUACAACGUUCUCUACAGCAGCAUGGGUAUCUCCCCGGAUAAAAUGCAAAAGCUUACGUACAAGAUGUGUCACUUGUACUAUAAUUGGUCAGGCACCACACGGGUGCCCGCCGUUUGCCAGUACGCUAAAAAACUUGCUACCCUUGUCGGUACGAACUUGCACUCCAUUCCGCAGAGCGCGCUCGAAAAGAAGUUUUAUUAUCUAUAAUUGGGUAUACUUUACGAUGGAGUCCUGGACCCUCCCUAAGCGGCAGUAAUUGAAACUUGCCCAGCCAUUUUUAGUUUUAUAAACACUUUCCUACUUUUGUUCACCAUUACAAGUUAUCAAUCAAGACAUGUUCAUUAAUUUGGAAUAUAAUUACUUUAUUUGUAUUAUAUAUUUUAGUUUAUGUAAAGAAAAUUACAUACAUCCAUGUUUGCUUACUUAACCACA